UUUUUCCUUUCAUCGAUAGAUGCAUUUCUGUAACUGUAAGGAGAGAUCACGGUUCUGACUCUAUACAGAGCAAUUGGUGUAUUCUACGGGUCGUUUGUGCUCCGACCCUCUACCGGCGUGAACUACCUAACUAGCUCACGUCAAAAAAGACGAUCGUGCCUUUGCUCGUUCCUCGAACUCAACAACGUAAAGAAGGAACUGACUGACUGCAGGGAUGUCGUUUAGCACGGAGGGAGACGAAAUUCAGACUCGAUCGCUUUAUUUUGUGUUGUUUGCCGCGUUGCUGGCGACAGUUUUUAUUCUGGCGAAACAGUUACACGAUCACAAACGCCUGAAUGCAGUCUUUUCCGAGGCUGCCCUCGUUUUGAUGGUCGGAAUGAUAACCGGCGGUAUUACGCGGAGUAUUCAGGCGAUCUCCAGCACCAAUCAAAACACGGAUGACGAUGCGGUCGCGGUAGAAAGUGUACUGGCUAAUUCUAUUCUUUCCUUUUCACCAAAUGUAUUCUUCAUGGCUUUGCUGCCUCCAAUUUUGUUUCAUUCGGGUUAUGGACUUCGUCGAGAAUUAUUCUACCGUCACAUUAAGCCUAUUGCUUUGUUUGCAGCAGUUGGGACGCUACUUUCGGCUCUCGUCACGGGUCUUUCAUUGUAUGGGAUUGGACGGUUGGGCGGUUUGGGUGCCUUUCAACCUUCCGUGCUGGAACUACUUACCUUUGGUUCCCUAAUUGCUGCUACCGAUACUGUUUCCGUAGUUGCUGUCCUACAAGCCAAAAGGGUCGAUCCACACUUGUUCUACCUCACUUUGGGUGAAAGCGCGCUCAACGAUGCCGUUGCUCUCGUGCUAUUUGAAUCCUUUGGAGAGUUGUUGGAAAAGUUUGGCGAGAACGGUCAAGGGACGCUGGCGCGGAGCACGUUGCAGUUUGGCUUGGAUUUCUCCCUUGCGGCGGUUGGUUCGCCCGCUUUGGGGAUCUUAUUCGGAGUGGGAGCGGCCUUGGUUUUCAAACGCAGUGAUUUUCGGGAUCACAAAAUGUUGGAGCUAGGCCUGUACAGCCUUUGUAUGUAUGUUCCGUACACGAUCGCGGAAUGCAUCAAUCUCAGUGGCAUUGUUUCAAUCUUCUUCGCGGGCAUGUCGGCCCGUAGGUAUAUUGUGCCGAAUUUGAGCACAGAAACGGCUCACAAUGGGGAGGCAAUCUUUGGACUAGCAGCCUAUUUGGCAGAAAUUUGCAUUUUCUUGGAACUUGGAAUGAGUUUAUGGGGACUCAAGGCCAAGUUCAGCUGGGCAUUCAUUGGCUGGUCCCUUUUGGCUUGUCUUAUUGGACGGGCUGUGGCCAUCUACCCUCUCGCUAACCUGUGGAACUGCUCAUUGAAAGAAUCCCAGCUGAACGACGCUUUCGUGGAAGCAACCGAAUCUUUCGAUAUAGAAGUAGAAAAGGCACAGAACGACGCCGGUCUUUUCCAAGACGAUGUAAGUGUUUCCAGCGCAUCGACAUCCGCACAGAUAGGUUUCGCAUCUCGAAUUAAACGAAAACGACGGACCCCGGUCAAACGGAAAGACAAAAAGAUAUCCUUACCGAUGAUGCAUUUUUUGUGGUUUGCUGGUUUACGUGGUGCUGUGGCGUACGCCUGCGCCAGAAAGUUUCCCGGAGCUAACCGCGAUGAAUUUAUUGCAGCCACCAUGUUCAUCGUGCUCUUCACCAUCGUCAUUAUGGGCGGCGCGACGGAAUUAGUGUUGGGGAUCCUGAAAAUUGCGACUAACGUUGACGAAGAUAAAUAUAUGGAAGAAUGGCACAAGCAACGCAUGCUUAAAGGUGCUUUUCACGAUUUCGGUAUGUUUCGCGAAAACGAUCUUGUUGUUUGA